UAUGUCCCACACACAAAAGUGCCCCUUAUAAAUUAUGCCCCAGUGGUGGGCUGGUGGUACUGAGUACCACCACCAUAUUUCUUAAUGGUACUCCGUACCACCAUACUUUCAGCACUGCUGACAGUGUUUGGAGUGCUGUCAACUUUUGACUAUUCUGUAGUAUAACCACCCCAUAUAUAUUUUUUCCAGCUAUUCGCGAAGGGCCUGAUGUAGAAUUGGAAGUAAAUCAGCACGUGAUGCUGCUCAGAUGUGUCACUUCAGGCCAUAAAAGUGAAGAGAGAGAACAAAAGGCACAGAGGAGUAUAAAUCCCCAGCAGGGAUCCUCUGCUCGCUGACAGGCACCGGCCAGCUCCUCCACACAUACAGUACACACAGAAAAAAGAGAGAGAAAGAAGAAAGACUAAGAAAGUGGAACAAAAAGAUCUGCUGCAUACACAGUAGUACUACCUCUCUCAUAUAACCUGUGCUCAGCCUGAGGAUGUAUCUCCUCGUUAUCCUGCCUACUCUAUGCUUACUGGGUGCACACACAGCACCUUUAACCCAGAAGACCUACCAACAUAGAACACAGGACCAGAAGCAUCCAUCCUUGAAGUCACGACCAUGGACACGUCACCCAAAUACAAAUGGGCUGCUCAGAUCUCGCAAUUCAUGGAACCCUCCUCGCUGUGGAGUACCUGAUAUCCCUGCGCCGGCUGAUUCACCAAAUGGACGAAAUAGACAAAAACGUUUUGUGCUUUCUGGAGGACGCUGGGACAAGGCAAGCCUUACAUACAAGAUUAUCCGCUUCCCAUGGCAGCUCAGCAAGGUAAAGGUGAAAAGAACUCUUGCUGAAGCACUUCGUGUAUGGAGUGAGGUGACCCCUUUGACAUUCACGGAGGUGCAAGAAGGGCGUGCUGACAUCAUUGUUGAUUUCACUCGGUUCUGGCAUGGAGACAACUUGCCUUUUGAUGGUCCUGGGGGCAUUCUUGCACAUGCUUUCUUUCCAAAAACACACCGUGAAGGGGAUGUACAUUUUGACUAUGAUGAAGCUUGGACCAUUGGCAACAAUUUAGGAACAGAUCUUCUGCAAGUAGCUGCUCAUGAGUUUGGCCAUGUGCUAGGUUUGCAACAUUCUACAGUAUCUAAGUCUCUGAUGUCUCCCUUUUACACCUUCCGCUAUCCACUCAGCCUUAGUGCAGAUGAUAAACAAGGUAUCCAGCACUUGUAUGGAGCUCCACAGCCUCCGACCACAUCUCCAACCCUGAGAACAGAAAAGCGCCAGCCAGAACUGGAAAGCAAUGAGAUACCAUAUUCCGAGCCAGACGCCUGUUCCACAGAUUUUGAAGCAGUAUCUACAAUCCGUGGAGAGCUGUUCUUCUUCAAAUUAGGUUAUGUCUGGCGUCUGAGAGGAGGCAAACUACAGAGUGGCUAUCCAGCCUUGGCAUCCCGACACUGGAAAGGGAUUCCGGGAUCUGUGGAUGCUGCUUUGGAAGAUUCAGUUGGGAAUAUCUGGUUCUUCCAUGGCUCGCAGUAUUGGAUUUUUGAUGGAAAGCUACAAGCCACAGGUCCUUUCCAGAUCUCAGACCUUGGAUUGUCUGUGCCCAGUAUUGAUGCCACCUUUCUGUGGGGCACGGAUAAGAACAAAAAAACAUACUUAUUCAGAGGAGCAGAAUAUUGGCGCCUCAACACCGAAAUGCGUCAAGUAGAUGGACACUCUCGCAGUAUGGGUGAUUGGAGAGGGGUGCCUACAGGCAUCAAUGCUGCCUUCCAGGAUGAGCAGGGUUUUGCUUACUUUUUGCGGGGACGAUACUACUGGAAGUUUGAUCCAGUACAGAUUUCUCAAGCAACACUCCUUUACCUCUCUGUCCACGCAUUCUGCCAGAGCCUUGAGCCUUCCUACAAGAGAAGAGAACAAGAGUGCAUUCAAUCUUGUGGCAUACGGCCUACUGCAUUUUCCAGAAGUCUGUUUUACAUUGUGUCAAUGCUACUGGCAACAUCUAGGGUCACUGAACUAAUAAGACACUGUUAGAGCAUUACGGAGCUCUUCAUGAGUCAGUGGACAAAUCUAACAGAGCUCUGAGCAGUAUGACCAUGAAGUAUACAUGCAACCAUUAAUUGCUAUAAAAAGAGAAAAACAUUCGACCUUGCUAAAAAUGAGAAUGGUGAUACGAUUUACAACAAUGAGACUUUUCUAUUUUUUAUUUAACGUCUGUAUCUAUACAAUACCUCUGUCAGUGCUGGACACUGACAUGGUCAGGUUUUUGGUACAGAAUUGCUAAUGUGUCUUACUGUCUGGAAACAGCAGCUGUUACCACGUGAUCCUCACUAAUUGCAUUUUUACUAAUUGUAUUGUUAUAUUAUGUUAUGUUAUCGAAAACUGCCAGAUGAUUUCAUAUCAGUGUAAAGCCAUGGUGUGAUACUGUAGUUUACAAAUGGUUAUUCCAUAUCUCAGCUUGUACAUUGAAGUAAAUCAGUGUAAUUAUUAUCUUCUGCCUAAUGUUGGCCACUGGUUGUUUGUCUCAAUCACCAAACAACCAGAUUGGGGACCAGUAUGGCUACAAAUAUAGUGGUUCAAACUGCAGAGAUUGUGCAGUGUAGCUGUUCAGCACAGGCGUAUUUAUAAUGGAUGCAGUAUGUGCAGUGCACGCGGGCCCCCGGGGUCCAGGGGGGCCCGUAUUGUACACCCGGCACCCAUAUUUGCAGUACUUACCCUAUGGAAUACCAACGUUGGCAGCAGCAGUGCUGCCGAAAACAGUGAAAAUGGCGGCCAUUUUCCCAGUGUUUCGCACAUUUGUAGUAGGAAAAUCACUAGGAAAAUGGCUGAUGCGCAAUCUUCCUAGAGACCUGCGCAUGUGCACUAGACUUUGGGACAGUGCUAGAGUCUCCUAGUGACCCUAGUGCCCAGAAUGUAUUGCCAUGCCGGCUAAAGAGGAGGGGGCACAGACGGAGACUGCACAUGGGCCUCCUCCUCUCUUGAUACGCCCUUGUUGUUCAGGUCACAGAGUGCUCACCGCUCACACAUGGCAAUGCACUCACUGAUGAGUGGGUUCACAUGUACACCUGUACACAUCCCAACUGAUAUUUUCAGCUCAUGUGAAGUCCUUUAGUAUUGACUUUAGCAGGUAAAGGCAAGUUUUCUGCCUUGUAUUUUUAUAUCCCCCUUCCUGCUGGGGAUCAGAAUGGACCUGUAGAAUUCAUAAUGGGUAAGUUCUGGUAAGUGGAUUGAUGGCACUUGAUCAAAGUCACAUAACCCAAUGAUCAUGAAUCAACCAAAAAAAGUGCUGGACAGAGGCGGCCCAAGGGCCACAUGUGACCCUCAAAGACUUCAUCUACAAGCCCUUAGCUCCUUCCUGCUUUAUUGUCAGAUUGCCUUGUUUAAAAUGCCUGCUGAUAUGUUUCUAUAGAGCGGUGUCUCUUUCUAUAAUGAAAUUGUUAUAGCCAGUGCUUUUUUCCCAUGAAGGUACUGGUACUCAGUAAAAAGAUACCAGUACUCACCUACAGUUACAGGCUGAUACAAGAUUUCUAAUAUCUUCCAUACUCUGCACAAGACUUCAGAUGCUAUUUUAUCCAUUUGUGAAAUGAUUUCACUGACUUCUUCCUGUUUCCAGAGCUACACUGUAAUAUGCAGUCCUUUUAAAAUCUUAGAGGCUGCAGAUGUGGCCCCUGAAUGUGUCAUUUUAAAGCCAUGAGCAAUGUUGCCUGUCCAAGUGAAUGACACUUCCCCCAUGGGGUAACACUAGCUCUGAGAUUUGCAGCCGGAGUGCCAGGAAAUGUGUGUGCGGUACAAUGCCAGGACAGUUGUCACACAAAUGUAUGACCAAAAAGGGAAAACUUUGAAAAUAAGCUAAUGCUGAGUAAUUGUGAUUAUCUAUAUUAUUCACUUUGAUCUUCAAAUGUAUUUAUUUGAUUUAUGAUUCUGCUGUUAUUGAAUACACUUAUGGCAUACUUGCCAAUUUGAUUUCUGCUCUUCGAAAGAAGCUCAGAGAGCAGAUCAGCUGACCACUUAGGGGGCAGGAAUGGGCUCUUCAUGUCAUUAGGCCCCGUCCCCUCCAUACAGACCUGCGAUUCCAGGUAUUAUCUUCUCAUCCUGCUCACUUCACUAGGAAAUGGGCGAGAUGCAGGACGUCCACCCACUCUAUCGGGGGUAUAGGAGACUACCCCAAAAAUCGUGAUUCUCCUGCACAUUUCGGAAGAGUAGGUAAGUAUGAUUUAUGGAUCUUGUAGAAAACAAUUAUGGCAUCUAUAUUGGCAAGUGAGAAUUAGUGUUCUAGCUGAAAAUAAAAUCUAAUCUAUUAAAAAACAAUAAUACAAUAUAUUUAAAAAAAUAAUAAUAAUAAUAAUAAUAAUAAUAAUAAUACAAUCUAGUCAGGUAAAUGAGCAAUCAUUUUAAUAAAAUAGCAUCUGAUUAUCAUAGUUCCACAUCCAUUGAGGAAGAAGCAUGAAAAUGGUAUUUGCAGAAAAUAAUUGUAAAAAAAUUAGACAUUUAUUUUUAGGUAUUUGUUACAUCACAGUGUUCAUUGAAAGGGUCACAUACCACUCAUACCUCAACCAAAUGCAUUGCCUUUCAAAUUUUAGAAUGAAUAUUACCUCCACCCAGUAACCUUAAUAAUCGUGGUAUGUGCCAGGGGAAUAAUCUCUAGCAGAUCAUUUCUGAAUCACCUAUUAGUGCUGCAUAUCAGAAACUCUGCUCACAGAUAUUUGAAAUAAGUCUUGAAGAAGCAGCCUCUAGUGUUUUCAUUCAGAAAAGUGACUAAGAUAGCAAACACUGUCUGGUUUUCUUUGCCCCUAUCCCUCAUUGGUAUUUAUUCUUUAAAAGACAAACCAAACAGAAGGCACCCAUUUUGCUGGAGGAAAUCAAGAGAUUGAAAAGACAAAAUAAAUAAAUAUGUACCCAGCCAAGAAAUCAGUUACUAGAGGCCAACAUACUCAAUGUAUCAGUAAUAUUGCGUUUUCAUUAUUUUCCCAUCCAUAAAACAAAUAGAAGGCAUCCAUGUUGUUUGAAUGUAAACCUAGAUUACCUUGGAAUGACAAUUAUAACUAAAUUGCUUGUUUGAUGACUUUCCUGUAAUGGGUGUCACUUAUGGAGUGUACUUAAGGAUAGAGUUAAAUGUAAGCCUAUUGUCCAGUGUGCUGAGAGGCAGACAAAACUCAAGAUGUGCACGGUGCAAAAGUCAAAUCACAGUCCAUGUUUAGGCGCAGCCGCUAACUACACACCUGCGCCUGGCUUGCCACCACUCUGUUACCACCAAGAAACACCCACUGAAAUUGCACCUCUCUGUGUGCACCUUCAAUCUGCAUCUUUGAGCAGAAACCAUCAGCACAGUGUGAUGCAUGCGCAUACUGAAACAACAGCCACUUGACAUCGCUACUGUGUCCACCGCGGGAUCAGGCCCUUAAUCUGUAUUUGCUUGCAAAAUAACACUGCUACAUUACAAUAGGCUGCCCUUGUAUGUCUGUCUACUUUGUACUUUCCAAGGAACGCCUUUACCCUGGCCAUAUACUCCCCUCGCCCUGUAUGAACCCGCUCCUCCACAAACCCAUGGGCUUUACCAGAAUCUAGGCCCACUUGCACGAAUUGCAGUGCAUGUUAGAAUCACUGCGAACCAGCCAGUUUGAUCUAGUGAUUUGCGUUAACAAACAAGUAUAAAAAUAAAAUGGUCAUAAAUAAUACUGUUACAGUAGACAACAUAAAACAGCAUUAAUAAAGAUAUAUAAAACAAACAUUUGGUCACUUAUGAAUGUACAGAAUUGCUGACAUACAACGCAAAUGCUGUUUUCUAUUUUCUGGUUACUUCAUGCAUCUGUUUUCUUAAAGGAUCAGUCCUGUCUUCAUGGGUAAGCACAUGGGAAGGUGAUGGCAAGUGGGGUAUCUUCAUUUUAAUCUGUCUAAUCAGAAGAGUAGGGCAGAACUGUCAGGAUCAGGUAUUUCUUUGAUGAAUGCAGUCUAUUAAAUUAUUAAAUGCAGACUAUUAAAUUCUUGGGGUAGAGAUUGUGCAUUUUGGACCUUUUACAUCAUCCAGUCAAAGGAAAGCACAUUUGUUUAUGUGCAAUAACCAAUGUUAAGACAAGUUUAAUAUGUAGAAAUUUGACAAAUUAAAUAAAGGCAACCUGGAGUUCCCUAACUCUGAAAGACAAUGUAAGAUUUUAAGAGAUAAAUUAAAAAGGUGUAAUAGAUGGUUCCAAAAGGACUUUAAAGCCAUGUUUUUACUUUAGCCGGCAUAUGCAAUCCUGUAGUAGAUGUAAUUUUGCAAUUGGUCAUGUGGUUGUUCAAAGGAUCUGCAUGGAGGUACUUAAAAAGGUGGAAUGGGGUGUCUACUUGUGUAUGCUCUUUGCAGGCGAAUGGGCAAAUCUGUAUUUCUUGUUUAACAAAUAUGAAACAGAAAAUACUGUAAUAUAUUUUUGUCUUACGAGGCUAAAAUACUUGCCAACUUUUGGUAUCCCAGCAUGGGUCACGAGAAAGGGGCAUGAUCAUGCUACACAGGGUGUGGCCAUGUUACAUUGGGUUAUGCUGCCAGCCUUCUUCCCGUCAACCAAAAACAUCCCUUCAAAGCUGUGCACAUGAAGGUACGUACAUAGAGCACUGAAGGGGCAGCCAGCAUCUCCCAACUCUCCUGGAAUCUGGAAAAAAAAGUCCUGAUCUGUGAUAUAAUAGCAUUUAUUGCACCUAUCUGCAUACUUUCAUGCUGUAGAGACCACAGCCAUUACAUAAGAUCUGCUUGUAAAUUGAAAUGAGGAACAAAGAUAAAUAAUUAAUAAAAAAAACAUCCAUGGAAAAUGGCAAACUAAUAGCAGGGUGCAGCAAGCAUUGUCAGGUAUCACUGAUGUGUCUCAGCUGCAAUUAAUUUAUUCUGGUAUUGUUAUGUCUUAAAUACACAAGUGCAAAAUGUCGUCAUCAUUUUAUAUGUCAGGAGCAUCAGUUUAGCCUUGUUAUUGGUUAAAUAAUAAUCAUUCACUUAUUGGACAGAGCACUGAUAUUCUAGGAAUAUUUCAGAAGGUGGCCUUAUAUUGUAUCCCUGUCAAAAAUCGAGCCAUUAUGCAGUGUUAUUGUUGUACGUUAUUACUUAAAUAAGCAAUGUGAAUUUGUUAUGCUUAAGUGUUGUAUAUAAACUUUUUAUAUGAUCGGUAAUAAACAUUGUUUUUUAAA